GUUACAAUUUACACGCCGCCGACAUUCUCAAGCUGUCGCCCAUCUGCAGACUGAUGAGAAGAAUACAUCUCAGAUGCAGUUCGUGAUCUAAUCGCAACACCUUCUCCCCCAAUUCAUUCGGAUCCAAUCUGAUUCCCGAUCUCUCCGCGCGUUUUUGACACAUGGCGGCCUCGCGUCGGCUCCGUGAGCUCCAAUCGCAGCCUGGAAACAAGAUCUGCGUCGAUUGUUCUCAGAAAAACCCUCAGUGGGCGUCCGUUUCCUACGGAAUCUUUAUGUGCCUAGAGUGCUCCGGCAAGCACCGUGGUCUUGGCGUCCACAUCUCCUUCGUCCGAUCCGUGACUAUGGAUUCGUGGUCCGAGAUCCAACUGAAGAAAAUGGAGCUCGGAGGCAACGAAAGGUUCAAUCAAUUCGUUUCUGAGUACGGAAUCUCUAAGGAAACUGAUAUUGUUGUUAAGUACAAUACGAAGGCUGCUUCAGUUUAUCGCGAUCGCAUUCAGGCCCUUGCCGAGGGCAAACCCUGGCGCGAUCCUCCUGUCGUAAAGGAAGAACUGAAAGCCACUAAUGGCACGGGAAAUAGUUAUAAUCGUAGACCACCGCUGAGCGGCGGGGAUGGUAGAAAUGGCAAUUUCGGUAGCAAUAGUGGUUGGGAUAAUUGGGAUAACUUCGAUGAUGGAGGAAAUUCCGGAAUCAAUGCGAACAACAAUAUCAGGAGAAACAAUACUGCGGGGGAUCUUAGGAGUUCAGGUAAUGGGGGAGUUGCGCCGUCGCGUUCAAAGUCUACCCAGGAUAUUUAUUCACGUGCGGAAUUAGAGGCGUCUGCUGCCAAUAAGGGCAGCUUCUUUGCGAGGAGGAUGGCGGAGAAUGAGUCGCGGCCGGAGGGCAUUCCGCCUUCUCAAGGUGGCAAGUACGUCGGAUUUGGAUCGAGUCCAGCACCCGCCCCAAGAAAUGAUCCUGAGGGCGAUGUGCUUUCGGCCGUUACUCAGGGAUUUGGAAGGCUAUCCAUGGUGGCUGCAUCUGCUGCGCAGUCGGCUGCUAAUGUUGUUCAAGCUGGAACGAAGGAAUUUACGUCCAAGGUGAAGGAGGGCGGCUACGAUCAAAAGGUGAAUGAAACAGUCAGCGUUGUUACAGCAAAGACAUCCGAGAUCGGACAGAAGACAUGGGGCCUCAUGAGAGGCGUAAUGGCCAUAGCAUCGCAGAAGGUAUCGGAGUACACCAAAGAUGAUCCUAGCUGGAGGAACAACGGCUGGCAGCAAAACGACAACAGCAACAAUGAUUACUAUCAAGAAUUUGGACAAGAGUCUAAAGGAUGGAAUUCCCCUGAAACCUCGUCCUACCAGCAGUUCUCCAACUCCUGGGACGAUUGGGGUUCCAAAGACGACGACAGCAGGAAGCAACCAUCCAAGUCGACUACUACAACUUCCAACGGCGAUGGUUGGGUUGGCUGGGAUGAUCCAAAAGAUGAUCAUUCAUACCAGAUUGCAUCUGAUGAUUCCAAGACUUACAGCAAUGGUAAGGCAGAUAGUAAAUGGACUGGAGGUGGGUUCCUUUGAUACGCAGUCCUCAGAUCUUCGUUUAUCAUCCCUGUUUCUUGAAAAUUGAUGGAGAUCCUCGUUGAACUGCAUCACUACUGCAAUGUUCUUGUCUGGCCUGCCUGGCUGCGUGUGCAAAAUUUGACGAUAAUUGAUGUAAAAUUGCAUUUAUUGUGACUGCAAGAAUUGCUCCGGACAAUGGAGAUGCUCUUUGUGGUGUUAUCUGAA